GGGACGCGGAGCAGCGCCGAUAGCUUCGUGGCUCCGGAAGCCCCUGGACGUGGCCGAGACUGCUAGGGCUCUGCCAGCCCUCUGGUGUGCUGUUUCAUUUCCAUGACGACAGGUUAUCCCCAGCUGCAAAAGAGGAACCAGGCUCAGGGACGUUAAUGACUUACUCAAGACUGCACAGCUAGUAACUGGUGGUAAAGGGAAUUGAACCCUGGUGACCACCAUGAUCCCUUGGGUAUUCUUGGCCUGUGCCCUCCCUUGUGCAGCUGACCCGCUGCUUGGUGCCUUCGCCCGCAGGGACUUCCAAAAGGGCUCCCCUCAACUUGUCUGCAGCCUGCCUGGCCCCCAAGGCCCGCCUGGCCCCCCGGGAGCCCCAGGGCCCUCAGGAAUGGUGGGAAGAAUGGGCUUUCCUGGAAAAGAUGGUCAGGAUGGCCAGGAUGGGGACCGGGGGGACAGCGGAGAGGAAGGUCCACCUGGCCGGACAGGUAACCGGGGAAAGCCAGGACCAAAGGGCAAAGCCGGGGCCAUUGGGCGGGCCGGUCCUCGAGGCCCCAAGGGGGUCAGUGGUGCCCCGGGGAAGCACGGCACACCAGGAAAGAAGGGGCCUAAGGGCAGGAAGGGGGAGCCGGGCCUCCCAGGCCCCUGCAGCUGCAGCAGUGGCCACGCCAAGUCUGCCUUCUCAGUGGCAGUGACCAAGAGCUACCCAAGGGAGAGGCUGCCCAUCAAGUUUGACAAGAUCCUGAUGAACGAGGGCGGCCACUACAACGCAUCCAGUGGCAAGUUCGUCUGUGGCGUGCCGGGGAUCUACUACUUCACCUACGAUAUCACCCUGGCCAACAAGCACCUGGCCAUCGGCCUGGUGCACAAUGGCCAGUACCGCAUCCGGACCUUCGAUGCCAACACGGGCAACCAUGAUGUGGCCUCGGGCUCCACCAUCCUGGCUCUGAAGCAGGGUGAUGAGGUCUGGCUGCAGAUCUUCUACUCAGAGCAGAAUGGGCUUUUCUACGACCCUUACUGGACCGAUAGCCUCUUCACAGGCUUCCUCAUCUAUGCCGACCAGGACAACCCCAAUGAGGUAUAGACAGGCAGGUGUUGGGUCUCCAGGGAGGUAACCAGAUCGUGGACUUCCAGAAUAAGACCCCUCAACUCUCUUCUGAGUGGGAGUGGGACCUCCCAGCCUCGGACAUUCCUCCUCUGCCCAUUGUUUCCUCCAUCAUUAAAUCCAAGCUUUUUUAUUCAUCCUCCCA